AUGAAAUGCAAGGCUUGGGGGCCCAUAUCUAAGCAAAUCUGGGUAGCAGAAGCAGCAAAGGCUUCAGCAGAGUCAGCAGCAGCAGCAGCAGCAGCAGCAGCAGAAGCAGCAGCGGAAGCAGCAGCACAGAGAACUGGGGGACCGACGGAUGCAGCAGAAGAGGAUAAUCUUGCUGCUGCUGCUGCUGAAGCACAAACCAAAGCAGAAAGUACUGCAUUGUUUGCUGCAAGCGCGAAAGCAGCAGCAGCAGCUGCUGCUGCUGUCUGCACCUGCAGCACCGUGCCACUGCAGCAGCAGCUGCAGCAGCAGCUACGCCUGGUGAUCCUCGAUGAGGCCGACUUGCUGCUAGACACCUUCUUCAGGGCACAAACCAAGGAGAUCCUUGACCGCGUGCUGCGACCGAGUGCGCAGCUAACAGCGUAUUCUGCUACAUUCGCCCCACAGCUGCUGCGUUAUUUAGAAGAGGAGCUGCUGCAGGGGUCCGAGAGACUCGUUGCAACUGCUACUGCUGCUGCUGCUGCUCCUGGCGAGGAGCAGCAGCAGGAGCAGCAGCAGGAGCAGCAGCAGGAGCAGCAGCAGGAGCAGCAGCAGCAAACGAAGCCAAGAGAGCUAAAACGCCUGCUGCUGUGCUCCUCCAGGGUACGCUUCGCCCCAAGCCCGAACCCGGAUACCCACAGCAGCAGCAGCAGCAGCAGCAGCAGCAGCAGCAGCAGCAGUGGAAGCAGCAGUACUAACAAGAACAGCAGCAGCAACUCAGAAGGAGGAGUAGGGGGGCCUUCUGGCAACAACGAGAACGGCAGCAGCCGCAGCAGCAGCGACAGCAGCAACAGCAGCAACGGCAGCAACGGAGUUGAGGAUCUCCCUCCUCCCGGUACACCUGAAGCAGAAGCAGCACUAUUAGAGACACGCAUGCAGCUGCAGCGGCUGCAGCAGCAACGCAUCGCAGAUAUGGCGCUGCCUCCGCCGGUCCUCACAGGGAUAAUAUACGGUUUGAUGGAGGUGCCCAUGGGAGACUCAGGGCUGCGCACUUUGGGGCUGAAGCUGCAAAUGCUGCUGCAUGCGAUGAGCCGCAUAUACUUUAGACAGGCAGUUAUCUUCGUAAAUGAACCCGUCGUGGGGACACAUGUCGCACAGAGCCUGCGGCGCCUCGGCAUUAGCGCUGUGUACACCAGUGGGCGUUUGCCUCAAAGCGAAAGGGAUAAACGCGUCGCUGCUUUGAAGAAAUUUGAGUGCAGAGUGAUGGUUUGCUCAGAUCUGAUGAGCCGUGGCAUCGAUGCGGUCGGCGUCGAUUUUGUUAUAAACUUCAACUUGCCCAUGGAUAAGGAGACCUUCUUACACCGCGGGGGCCGCGCAGGUCGUUUCGGUAGUUGGGGCAUCUGUUUGUCUCUGGCUUCAGCAGAUGAGGCAGCUAGCUAUAGAUAUAUUGCAGCUAGCUACAGCAUUACGCUGCAUUCGCUUGAAGAGGUGCAGCAGCUACAAGCUACCCUUGUCCCCCAGCCGGGAACGCACGCAGAAGGCGCUCUGGAAGAGGAACAGCAGCAGCAGCAGCAGCAGCAGCAGCAGCAGCAGCAGCAGCAGCAGCAGCAGCCGCAGCUGCUGCUGCUGCCUACUCAGGAGGGGGAAGAGACAGAACUGGAGUUUACGCUGCACCACAAAGAGCAGCUGCGGCAGCAAAUUGAAUUGCUGCAGCAGCAAAAGAGAGAGACAGAAGACGAAGCAGAUAAGCAGCAAAGACAGCAGCAGCAACGCAUUGCGCAGCGGCAGCUGCAGCAGCAGCAAGCUGACCUGGAGAGACACAGCAAGUUCCUGCUGCAGCAGAAGGCACUGCUGGAGCAGCAGCGAUACGAAGAAGAGGAACAGCAAUAUGAACGGCAGCAACAGCAGCAGCAGCAGCAGCAAUCCCACCACCAGCACCGACAGCAUCACAAACACCGCGAAGUAGAGCAGCAACAACGCCAGCAGCAGCAGGAGCAGCAGCAGCAGCAGCACGAAGUGGAGCAGCAGCAGCGGGAGCAGCAGCAGCAGCGGGAGAUAGAGCAGAAGAGACAGUGGGAACGGCAGCAUCAGCUGCUGGAGCACAUGCAGGUGCAGCAGCAAGUUAGUCAGAGAAGCCCUUGGGUGCUGCGGCAUGGACGGAGACACUCGAUGCCUGCAGCAGCAGCAGCAGCAACAGCAACAGCAGCAUCAGCAACAGCAAGGGGCCGAGGUCGCGCAGGAGGCCGCGUGAGUAGGAGCGUCCAGCAGCAGCCCAGGCAGCCGCAGCCGCAGCAGCAGCAGCAGCAGCAGCAGCAACAGCGGCGACUGGGACUGCAGCAGCAGCAGGUGCUGCUGCACCAGCUGCAGCAACUGCAGCAGCAACAAAGCCGCCGCCGCUCGAGCUUCCCGCCAGACAGCCUCUCUUCCUGGUACAUAGACUCUAUUGCUGCUGCAGCAGCAGCAGCAGCAGCAGCAGCAGCGGGCGAGGGUGACCAGGAGGCAGCAGUAGCAGCAAACUACCUCUGUGCGCUUCCCGUCACGCCCAUAGCAAGCGCUGCUGCUGCAGCAGGAGCAGCAAAAGCAGCAGCAGCAACACCUGGACGAGCAGCCUCUCAUGAAGCUGCGGGCGUUCCGAUUGCUGCUGCUGCGGAUACAGCAGCAGCAGCAGCAGCAGCAGCAUCGCAGCCUAUCUCCGUCCUCGGCCACUUUAUCCCGCGGGAGCAGCAACAACAGCAGCAGCAACAACAACAACAACAGCCGCAGCAGCAGCACCAGCUGCAGCAGCAGCAGCGAGGGAUGGCGCUGCGGCUGCAGGCUUUGGGUAACCGCCGGUUGGGCUCCGGCGAGGCAGAGCCCAGCAGCAGCAGCAGCAGCAGCAGCAGGUGUCAGCCGGAUUGCCUUCAUUUGGUGCUGGAGUAUAGCCCAUUGGCUGCUACUGCUGCUGCUACUGGAGCAGCAGCAGCUGCUGCAGCUGCUGCUGCUCCGCAUGCAGCAGCAGAAGAAGAACGACGGGUUUUGUCUUUUUGUGUGCGUCAUGACUUACAAGACGCCACAGUAGUGCAGCAGCAGCUUUGUAUUGAUGGAUCUGCACUUCGUGCUGCACUUGCUGCUGCUGCUGCUGCCGAUCCUGCUGCUGCUGCUGCAGAUAUUGCUGCUGCUGUCGCCGCCAACCUUCCUGCUGCUGCUGCUGCUGCUCUGGCUGCUAGAGCAGCACACUUCGUACGCCGAGAGCAGCAAAGUGCUGCAGAUCAUGCUCCCGUGGCCUUCGUCCUUUUCAGAUACUUGCAGCAGCAGCAGCAGCAACAACAGCAGCAGCAGCAGGGUGUGCAGCAGCAGGAGCAGCAGCAGCAGCAAGAGAUGGAGCAGCAGGAACAGCGGCAGCAAGGGCAGCAGCAACCAGAGCUGGAGCAGCAGCAACAACAGCAGCAGCAACAGCAGCAGCAGCAGCAAGAGCUGGAGCAGCAGCGGGUGCAGGAGCAGCAACGGGAUGAGUUGGCUGCAGCAGCAGAGAAGAGGUUAGAGGGGAUUUUGCAGCAGCAAAUGCAGGAGACAGCAGACUUGCGGCAGCAGCAGCGGCGAGAAGAGAAGCAGCUACAGAACAGGCAGCAGCUGCAGCUGAUGCUGCAGCGCUACACGCUGCAGCAGCUGCAGCAGCAGCACAAACAGCAUGAUAGUUCGAUGCAGCAGCUCUGGAGAGACCAUCAGCAGCAGCAAGUGGAGUUGGUGCUGCAGCAGCGUCAAGUUAUUGAGGACGUCUGGGAGGAGACGCAGGAGCAGCAGCAGCACCAGCAGCAGCAGCGCUUGCUGCUGCAGCAACAGCGCCACGAGCAGCAGCAGCAACUCUUGCUGCAGCAGCAGCGCCAGGAGCUGCAGGCAGCAGUAGCUACAGACGCGCUGCAGUACUUCGUUGUAGCUCUCCCAGUCGAGGAGUUGCUGCCUCUCCUAGUGGUGCUGGAACAGGCUGUUGCUGCUGCUGCUGCUGCUGCAGCUGCUGCUGCUGAUUGUCCCCUCAACAACCCCCCCGACUGUCCCUUGCCGCUGCCUUGUCUGUCUCUUCAUGAAGCAGCACGUUGGUGUCUCUUCGCGCAGCAGCAUUGCAGCCAGGAGAUAGGCAGCAGCAGCAGCAGCAGCAGCAUUAGAGAUCAUCCCGCGCCACACUAA